AUGGUCUCCGACCUUCUUGAUCUGAUUCGAGAUAUGUAUGAUGAAAGAGUCCCAACAGACGAUGAAAAGACCAUGAGGGAACUUGCAAAUUCCACAAAGCUCAGCAGGAUCACAAUCCCAGCAGAACGGGCAGUCGGUUCAUCCGGUACGGUCAUUGGGGGGGACAUCAUCAGUAGGUCACUCGAUAUCGCCAUGUCUGAAGCCGAUAAGCAAGGCUCGGAUAUACCAAUCUUGGAUCAUGAUGUUGCAUCAUUCGAUGGUCUUACAACUCACGAUGUCAAGGAGGCCAUAUUCGAUAUCAUCACCUGCCGGUUCACCCUUUUACUGGUUGAGAUUAGAGAGCCCUGA